UGCAGGUCAAUCGGUCCCAGGCAGGUCAAGUGGGGAGGAAUGGCGGCCCUGCUGGGCCGGGGUGACUGAUCUCUCCGUGGACGUGUGCAGCGCCUGGUCGCUGCCGGCACCCUCGCAUCGCUCCCAGGGUGGGAAGUGGACCUCGGCUCCGAACCAACUGCAAAUGCCUGCCAUCCGCAUCCCCCACCCGGGCUCAGGCUCGUCUGGAACAGUAUCUAAAACUACGGUCUAACCUCAGGCAUCGAAUUACUUGGCACUUGAGAAACUUUAUGCCUCCCUGACAGCGGUCUUGCAGAUAAAGUAUUCUCAGCUUGGGCUUUUGACAUUUCCCAACUCCUCCAUGGCCCUCACAAUGCUGAACGGACUUCUGAUUAAAGACUCCAGCCCACCUAUGCUACUGCACCAAGUCAGCAAGACUCCUCAGCUAGAAAACUUCAACUACCAGAGCUGCUUUAUGCAAGAUCUCUUUGCUCAUUUCCCAGAGGUCUUAUUUAUACACCGGACUUAUAACCCAAGAGGCAAAGUGCUAUAUACCUUCCUGGUGGAUGGACCUCAGGUACAGCUUGAGGGUCCUCUUACCCGAGCAGUCUACUUCGCCAUCCCUACCAACGAAGAUGCCAAAGGCCUGGCCCAGAUGUUCCAGGUGUUCAAGAAGUUUAACCCAGCAUGGGAGAGAGUCAAUACCAUCCUGGUAGAUCCUCACUUCCUCCUACUGCCCACCCUGGCCAUGGAGUUCCCUGCAGCUGAGGUUUUGCUCUCAGCGUUCCACAUCUGUAAGUUCCUCCAGGGUAAGUUCUAUCAGCUGUCCCUAGAACAGCCUGUACAAAGUGUGCUCUUGUCCUCCCUGCAGAGCACAAUGUGCUCAGCCACAGCCAGCAACCUGAGGAAGCUGUACACACUCUUGUGCAACUGCAUCCCCUCAGCCCGACUACCUGAGCUCCACUCACACUGGCUGCUCAAUGACCGCAUCUGGCUGGCCCACCGCUGGAGAAGUCGAGCCCAGAGCAGCCGCUACUUCCAGAACCUCGAGGUCACCACCCACAUCCUCAGUCAGUGUUUUGGCACCACCCCAUUUGAGAAACAAGGCAUGGUGUCUGUGUUCCGUUACAUGCAACAGAACUCUUCAGACAAAGCAAGUUUCAGCCCAGAUGUCAAUACCCAAGGCAGCUGUACACCCUCAGACACCAGCCUCAAAAGCCCCAACAUAGAGCAGUUGGUAGAAGCCCGCAUCCAGCACUCCCUCAAUGCCAUCUGCACUGAGCCAGCAGCCCAACUCUGCCUGGGUGAGCUUGCUGUGGUCCAGAAAUCCAUGCACCUCAUUGGCUCUGGCUCGGAAAAAAUGAACAUCCAGAUUCUGGAGGACACCCACAAGGUACAGCCUCAGUCCCCUGCCAGCUGCAGCUGCUAUUUUAACCAAGCCUUCCACCUGCCCUGCCGCCACAUCCUAGCCAUGCUCAGUGCCCGCCGCCAGGUUCUCCAGCCUGACAUGCUGCAGGCUCAGUGGACAGCGGGCUGUGCCACCAGUCUAGAUAGUAUCCUGGGCAGCAAGUGGUGUGCAACCCUCGACAAGCACCUAGCUGUAACUCUCCUCACAGAAGAGGUAGGUCAGCUCUUGCAGCACUGUAGCAAGGAGGAAUUCGAGCGUCGCUAUAGCACUCUUCGGGAACUGGCCGACAGCUGGAUCGGCCCUUAUGAGCAGGUGCAGCUCUGAUUACUUCCCUCCUGUUACCCACCCACCUCCAGUACUGGGAAUUGAAUCUAGAGUGACACAUAUUCUAGACAAGUCCUCUCCUACUGCCUCUAUUUCUUAUUUCGAGUCUCACUAGGUUGCCCAGGCUAGCCUCGAGCUUACUAUUGCUGAGGCUGGCCUCAGACUCUUGAUCCUCCAUCUCCAAAGUGCUGACCCACUGCCUAUUUUUGUUAUUUUGAGACAGAGCCUCACCAGGUUGGCCAGGCUGGCCUUGAAUUUUCUCUGUAGACAGGCUGGCUUUGAACUUGGAAGCCCUCUGACUAGCCUUCUGAGUAGCUGGGAUUACAGGCCUAUGCCACCAGGCUCAGUCUCUGAAUAUGUGGAUGUCCUGAAAUGCCCCAUGUACAUGUAUACACUCAUACUCCCCUCUACACACACAUAAAUGCACAUACAUAUACUGUUGUACUUCCAGAAUGACAGGCGUUUUCUCUGUAGUCUGCUACCUAGAAUGUGUUUAGCUCCAUAUGGCAGGAGUCAGCAAAUCUUUUCUGUUAAGGGCUCAAUAGUAAAUAUUGUGGACUUUGAUGGUCACAUACAGCCUCUGUUGUAUAUUCUGGCUUUGAAAAGUUUUGACAACUUUUUCAUAAGGAAAAAUUAUUCUUUAUGAAAACAGAUGAUACUCUAAGAUGUUGGGCGCUGAGGUUGAAGGUUUGGUCUUGGUAACUGCUACCCCAGUCACGAGACAAUUCACCUGAACCUGGCCUGCAUGUGAGCUGGCCUGGGAGCCUUCCCACAGAGGAAGAGGCUGCUCAGCCAGGCCUCCUAGGGUCUUUUCCCCUGCUCCAUUCUGGAAUCAAUAAAGUGAAUCCCCACUUUU